UCUGCGGAGCCGCAUGAACAAUAGGCGGCGGCGGCUCCUGCGGGCGGCGGCAGCCCCGCACCCUAUGGAUCGGCCGCUCCAUGGAGCCCUCCAGAGCGCUUCUCGGCUGCCUGACGAGCGCCGCCGCUGCCGCCCCGCCGGGGGAGGACGGAGCGGGGGCCGGGGCCGAGGAGGAGGAGGACGAGGAGGAGGAGGCGGCGGCGGCCCGGGGGGAGCUGGGUCCCGAGGCACCGCUGCCCUACUGGACGGCGGUGUUCGACUACGAGGCGGCGGGCGAGGACGAGCUGACCCUGCGGCUGGGCGACGUAGUGGAGGUGCUGUCCAAGGAUUCGCAGGUGUCCGGCGACGAGGGCUGGUGGACCGGGCAGCUGAACCAGCGGGUGGGCAUCUUCCCCAGCAACUACGUGACCCCGCGCAGCGCCUUCUCCAGCCGCUGCCAGCACGGCGGCGAGGACCCCAGCUGCUACCCGCCCAUCCAGUUGUUAGAGAUUGAUUUUGCGGAACUAACCCUGGAAGAGAUUAUUGGCAUCGGGGGCUUUGGGAAGGUCUAUCGUGCUUUCUGGAUAGGGGAUGAGGUUGCCGUGAAAGCAGCUCGCCAUGACCCCGAUGAGGACAUCAGCCAGACUAUAGAAAAUGUUCGCCAGGAGGCCAAGCUCUUCGCAAUGCUGAAGCACCCCAACAUCAUUGCCCUUAGGGGGGUGUGUCUGAAGGAACCCAACCUCUGCUUGGUCAUGGAGUUUGCACGUGGAGGGCCUUUGAAUAGAGUGUUAUCUGGGAAAAGGAUUCCCCCAGACAUCCUUGUGAACUGGGCUGUGCAGAUUGCCAGAGGGAUGAACUACUUACAUGAUGAGGCAAUUGUCCCCAUCAUCCACCGCGACCUUAAGUCCAGUAACAUAUUGAUCCUCCAGAAGGUGGAGAACGGAGACCUGAGCAACAAGAUUCUGAAGAUCACUGAUUUUGGCCUGGCUCGAGAAUGGCAUCGAACCACAAAGAUGAGCGCAGCAGGGACAUAUGCUUGGAUGGCACCCGAAGUCAUUCGUGCCUCCAUGUUUUCCAAAGGCAGUGACGUGUGGAGCUAUGGGGUGCUGCUUUGGGAGCUCCUGACUGGUGAGGUGCCCUUCCGAGGAAUCGAUGGCUUAGCUGUGGCUUAUGGAGUGGCCAUGAACAAGCUCGCCCUUCCCAUUCCUUCUACGUGCCCAGAACCUUUUGCCAAACUCAUGGAAGACUGCUGGAAUCCUGACCCUCAUUCACGACCAUCUUUCACAAGUAUCCUGGACCAGCUAACUACCAUAGAGGAGUCUGGCUUCUUUGAGAUGCCCAAGGACUCCUUCCACUGCCUGCAGGAUGACUGGAAACAUGAGAUUCAGGAGAUGUUUGACCAACUCAGGGCCAAAGAAAAGGAGCUCCGCACCUGGGAGGAGGAGCUGACGCGGGCCGCGCUCCAGCAGAAGACCCAGGAGGAGCUGCUGCGGCGCCGCGAGCAGGAGCUGGCCGAGCGGGAGAUCGACAUCCUGGAGCGGGAGCUCAACAUCAUCAUCCACCAGCUGUGCCAGGAGAAGCCCCGGGUGAAGAAACGCAAGGGCAAGUUCAGGAAGAGCCGGCUGAAGCUCAAGGAUGGGAACCGCAUCAGCCUCCCUUCCGAUUUCCAGCACAAGUUCACGGUUCAGGCCUCCCCCACCAUGGAUAAAAGGAAGAGUCUCAUCAACAGCCGCUCCAGUCCUCCUGCGAGCCCCACCAUCAUUCCUCGCCUUCGAGCCAUCCAGUUGACACCAGGUGAAAACAGCAAAACCUGGGGCCGGAGCUCAGUCAUCCCGAAAGAGGAAGGGGAGGAGGAGGAGAAGAGGGCCCCGAAGAAGAAAGGACGGACGUGGGGGCCAAGUACGCUUGGUCAGAAGGAGCUCGCCUCGGGAGAUGAAGGAUCCCCUCAGAGACGUGAGAAAGCUAAUGGUUUAAGUACCCCAUCAGAAUCUCCACAUUUCCACCUGGGCCUCAAGUCCCUGGUAGAUGGAUACAAACAGUGGUCGUCCAGUGCCCCCAAUCUGGGGAAGGGCCCGAGGAGUAGCCCAGCCCUGCCAGGGUUCACCAGCCUUAUGGAGAUGGAGGAUGAGGACAGCGAAGGCCCAAGGAGUGGGGAGAGUCGUCUGCAGCAUUCACCCAACCAGUCCUACCUCUGUAUCCCAUUCCCUCGUGGAGAGGAUGGAGAGGGCCCCUGCAGUGAUGGAGUCCACGAGGAGCCCACCCCAGUCAACUCAGCCACCAGUACCCCUCAGCUGACGCCCACCAACAGCCUCAAGCGGGGCGGCGGCCACCACCGCCGUUGUGAGGUGGCUCUGCUCGGCUGUGGGGCUGUUCUCGCGGCCACCGGCCUGGGGUUCGACCUGCUGGAAGCUGGCAAGUACCAGCUGCUUCCCCCGGAGGAGCCUGAGCCCCCAGCCCGGGAGGAGAAGAAGAGGCGUGAGAGUCUUUUCCAGAGGGCCAGCCGUCCUCGUCGGAGCACCAGCCCCCCAUCCCGGAAGCUCUUCAAGAAGGAGGAGCCCAUGCUGUUGCUAGGAGACCCCUCUGCCUCCCUAACGCUGCUUUCUCUCUCCUCCAUCUCCGAGUGCAACUCCACCCGCUCCCUGCUGCGUUCCGACAGCGAUGAGAUCGUGGUGUACGAGAUGCCCAUCAGUCCGGUCGAGGCCCCACCCCUGAGCCCUUGCACCCACAACCCCCUGGUCAACGUCCGAGUGGAGCGCUUCAAACGAGACCCUAACCAAUCCCUGACUCCUACCCACGUCACCCUCACGGCCCCCACGCAGCUCAGUGGCCACCGGCGGACUCCUUCUGACGGGGCCCUCAAGCCAGCGGCUCUCCUAGCCAGCAGGAGCCCCUCCAGCAAUGGGCUGAGCCCCAGCCCUGGAGCAGGAAUGUUGAAAACCCCCAGCCCCAGCCGAGACCCAGGUGAAUUCCCCCGUCUCCCUGACCCCAAUGUGGUCUUUCCCCCAACCCCAAGGCGCUGGAACACACAGCAGGACUCCACCCUGGAGAGACCCAAGACCCUGGAGUUUUUGCCUCGGCCACGUCCUUCUGCCAACCGGCAACGGCUGGACCCUUGGUGGUUCGUGUCCCCCAGCCACGCCCGCAGCGCCUCCCCAGCCAACAGCUCCAGCACGGAGACGCCCAGCAACCUGGACUCCUGCCUUGCUAGCAGCAGCAGCACUGUGGAGGAGCGGCCUGGACUUCCCGCCUUGCUCCCGUUCCAGGCGGGGCCGCUGCCCCCCACCGAGCGGACGCUUCUGGACCUGGACGCAGAGGGCCAGAGUCAGGACAGCACUGUGCCACUGUGCAGAGCUGAACUGAACACACACAGGCCUGCCCCUUAUGAGAUUCAGCAAGAGUUCUGGUCUUAGCAUGAAAAGGGUUGGGGGGUGGCCAAGGGGGAAGCAGGAGGAGAUCGGGGGAGCUGGCUGGCACAGCCCUUUCUCAGAGUUGGACCCCCUGAAAUCCAGCCCUACUUCUUGCACUGAUAAUGCACUUUGAAGUUGGAAGGGUGGAAGCGGGGCCACUUCAGAGGGUCCCCUGCCCUGCAGGGCCUUUCUGCCCACGUCCACCGGAAGGGGCUGUGGCCAUCAGCUCUGGCUGUGUAGGGGAGGGAGGGGUGCGUGCAUGUCCCCCAGCCUCCACACUCUUCCUCGCCUUUAGGGUGACCCCACAGGGUCACUCAGCCAAAUCUGUCUGCUGCCCCCUUUCCUCGGCCCCCCUCCGGGCUUAAAAAAAGCCCGGAGCCUGUCCUGGAAUCCUUUUGUUAGCCCUGCCGUCCGCCUUCCCAAACACCAGUGUUGGAGGUUCUGUGAGUGAUUUUCUUCCUCUUCUACAUUCUUCCCCAACACCCAUGAAUCAGAAUCUCAGUUGGAGUGAGAUAGUUUUUCUGCGUCCCCAGCCCUUAUGUGCCAGCUGGGGGACCGAAGGCACGGUGCCCCAGCGUGGGGCACAGGAGUUGAUGGACCUGGCAGUGACCUGCCUGCGCUUCCAGGUGCCCCCUGAUUUAGUUGAGCCUCGCUGGGGUGAAGGGACCUGCCUCAGUGAGAACUGGGAGGGGAGGAGAAGGAGUCAGGAAACCCAGAGUCGAGUGGCAGCCAAGAGGGUCACAGAGUCUGUCCUUGUUCCUUUUGGAAACAUGCAAAUAAGGGCAGAAACCAGCACCUGUUGAUGGCAUCCAGCUCCCACCUGGGGUCUGGACGCAGCCAGACCCGUGUCUGCCACAAACAUGCUCAUCCCAGGGAUCGUUUCUUGGGAAGCGCACUCCCCGGUGCCAGUCCUGGAACCAGAGACAAAGUUCCUGCGCUGGUCCAUUUUGUUGUCUGAUCUUUAUGUGUCACGCCCUUCCCUUGAUCUUUCCUCCCAUCCCUGGGAUCAGUGGACUUUGGGUUAUGAGUUUGGCUGGUAGAGACUUUGCACUGCUCCGAAAGAGCAUAUCGGUGGGGGGUGGGCUGGGGGCUCCUGGACACUGGGAGCUGGAACUGGGAGGAUUUCUUCUCAGCCAGGCCAUCCAUUCUGGGAUACCCUUGAAGGAAAACGGAGCCUUAGUGGUACCUUCCGCAAACGGAUACGGUGAGGCCAUGAUGUUUGUAAGGUGCUUAGUGAGCCCCCAAUGUGACGCAAGCUUUGAGCCCCAGGCUCUGCAGACUGACCACGGCCUCUUGUCUCUAUGCACAGGUGGCCCCUGAUGCUGGGCUCUGGACCCUGAGCUGGGUCAGAAGGAGAGCAGAGGCCAACCCCGACUUUUCUGGAAUUUGUUUCCUUAACUUGAAUGUUGAGUUGUUUCUGGAGCUUUCUCCUGUGUACCUUCACUUUUCCACUUACCCUGAGGCCUCCUGUAUUGAGUGUGAACAGUUUUGUUUGUGCGGGACACACACAUAAACCCAAUGGGGAGCAGAGCCUUUGGUCAUGCUCCUCUCCCCUCCAGACUCUCCAAAUGUUGCUUCACUGUCCUCUAUCAUGGAAUAGUUCCCUGGAGAUGUUGCAGGACAGCCCGCAGGCUCCCUGCCUUUGCUGCCUGGAGGCCAGAAUGUGGGGAGCGACAGAGCUGGCUCAGGUAAUGCGUUUGGUCACUGCUCCGUCUCUCUCCGUAACUGAUAAAGUCCCAACCUGGGAAUGAAAAAAGGGGUGACCUUGGUUUUCAAAUUGCUCCUUGUUUUAUGAGCUCCCUGGCACUUUGGUUCAAGGGCGCCACCUCAUCUUGGGUGGGAGGCACUCUCAGUGUGUUGCCUCCCGGGGCUUUGCUGUUGUGUCUCAUCUCUCCUUUGCUUUGUGCAGGGAAGACUGUAAGAGAGGAUUUUUGCCUCCAUCCCCUCACUCCUUGGCCAGAAGGGGAAAAAUGGGAAUCUUAGCCACAGUUCCAGCCAACCAAGUGACUCCCCUUCAUUCUUGAUGGGGAGAGGGCUGCAGAUGGUCUCUUCUGUGCCCUUCCCUGGACUCUCCAUAGCCCCAGUUCCUAAGUCACGAAUGCAUCUGUGAACGCUUGGCUCCACUGAAUGGCCCUUCGGUGGGGUGCAGCAUACAGCAAAAUCCAAACCCUGCUGGCUCUGGACAGUGCUCUGUGCUGUGAGGCAAUUGACUGUUUUCUACUUUUUUUUGAGGCUGCAGCCAUCUUUUUUGGAAGUGGUUGUGUAACUGUUGGCAGUGUAGGCUGAAUGGUGGCCACUUGGCAUUGAGUGAGAGGUGGAACCCAUUUCUUACUCCCCCAUCCAGAGAGAAGACAAGGGAAGCCUGGGUCUGCUGAGGGUAGAAUUGCACAUGCAAGAGGCAUAAGCAGGGUUAGGCUGAAGUUGCUUCGGUGAGCUUGCAUGAAGAUGGAGGGGUUCUUUCUCAGCUCCUCCAAACCCUGUCUCUGAUGGGCCCCUGCCCGCCACACUCUCUCUGUCUCUGUGGGGCGAGGCUUGGUUUGAUAAGGAUCCUGUAUAGUAAUGGGUUUGAGUUGCUUUGUGUCCACUUCGGCUCCCUGGUGUCUGUGGUCAUGGUCAGGAGCAGGACUUGAAGCUGGGAUCCCCUGCAGUGGCAUUAACCAGCAUCUCCUGUUCUCUUUCCUCAGGAACACUUUCCCUCUGCUCUUGGCAGGUGCUCACUACUGGAAGAUGGUGAUAGAAAGCAGAUACUGCUCUCUGCUCUUCCUCCUUGGAUCCUUCCACGGAUUCUAAACAGGAUUAUCCUCGAUUUACCCCCUUGGGGAUCCAGGCCACUGCCAGGGGCUGAGUGGAUGUCCCCAUUUUCCCAAUAUGUUAUUUCUAAGAGGCUUUGGUGGAUGUUCUUCACUUCACAUCCUUUAGUAUCCCAAGGGUCUGGUGGUAAUGAUGAAGGUGGUAAUGAUGAAGGUGGUGAUGAUGAUAUUUUACAUGGGUCAACUCAGAACAAUGCUAACCUUUCCUCCUGACUUUACAAAAUUGCAUCAUUGUCCUGAUAUACUUGCUGGUAGAGAAGAGGAAAUGCUUAAAGAGGAAGAAAUUCAAAGGAAGAGAAAUUGAAAAGCUGCUUGGGCUGGCUGCUGAGUCAGGCACCGAGCUCUUGAGCCCCGAACAAGGUGGCUCUCUCCCACUUUCUGCUUUGGUCUCUGGCCUCAGGCUUGGUUUUUAGCUCCUCUCAAAUUUCCUUACCUGCUUCCCUGUCAAGGGCAAUGAGGACAUGUAUCCAAGCAGGUCAGCAGAGCAAGCAGCUCCCUGCAGGCCAUUAGGAUGGACUGCUGACAUCAACAGUGUGAUUCUCACCACUUUUGCCUCUAAGGGACUUGCCUACUGUUCCUUCCUUUGGUUUCUGGAAGAGUAGGGAUUUGGAGUUGGCUUAGCAUGGGGGCCAUGGUCAGGCACAUGUUCUUCUGCAUUUGUGUAGUUCCUGGUGUUUAUAAGCAUCCUUUCUACUCCGCCCACUUGUCAGGCUGGCCCUCACCAUUAGUGACUUAGGAAGGAGGAACUAGGAGACGGGGAGGUUGGAGGCAGCAUUGGAAUGACAGUUAGGGGCCUCGGAUUUUUUAGGAGUCAUUCCCAGAGUCGGCUUUGUUUAGAGACUGGAAUCAGGCCAAUUCCUGGAAGAAUCUUUGUGAGAAGGUCCGCUGAGCCUUGAGACACGUGUCUUAGUGUGAGGCUCUUUACAAGGCCCCUUUUCCCUCAGACCACGGUUGCUCAGGGACACAACAAGACACCCCAAGGGCACCUAGGUGUGGCUUGUUGUCAACGCUCUUACUCCUCAGUCCCCACAGUGGAGACCCCCUCCUCCCUCCGUCCCCCCACAAAGAGGGAGACACCUCCUGAGCACUGCUAACUCUUCAAGCUUGCUUUUAACGAAAGCACGGAGCAGCAGGCUCUGAAGGCCGGAUGGCUGUGAAUGGUGUGCUUCGGGGAGCCUCGACGUUUUCCUCGUGUGUUUAAUUAAGCCUGUGCUUUUGACUCAGGGAUGUGAGGGCCCCCCUUCAGGCAGGUGAGAAACACUCCACUGCCUCUUGAAGGAUUUGGGGGACAGAGCAGAUGUUGCCCUUGCUGUAGUGCGAGGCUUUUCCCGAAAGCUCUGCCAGAGACUGUGGCCCCGGAUCAGAGGUGAGAGCAGCCUGCAGCAUGCUGUGAUCCUAAGGGACUGUGGUGGCAGGAGUGGCAGGCUAGUGGUAACCUGAGCUGCCUCCAUACUAGUUGGGUGAAGUUGCAAAUGUUUCUUCCCCUCUCUGGACCUCUGAGUCCAACCACGAACUGAGGGGGAUGCUACCUUCUUCCCUACCUGAAGCACGAAGCCCUUUAAUUUCAAAAUGUAUGAUCCUGGAACCCAAGGUCCAGCGCUGAUGAGCCUCACCUUGCUAGAUCGCUUCCCUUUGUGGAGAAAAUUGUGUGCGUGUAUGCGUGCGUGCGUGUGUGUGUGUGUGUGUGUGUGUGGUUGUACGUCAAAACCAGUCGAAUAUUGGCAAUUUCCUAUGGUUCAACCUACUAAGCCACCUGCCUCUCUCCAUGGCUACAGGCCUGAGGAUGACUCCUUGUCAAGCUACAUUUGUUACUAGGAACACAUUCCCAAAUGCUUUCUUCUUUCAGACGAAUCCUUGCUUUCUCAGAUCAGGAAUCCAAAUUAGUGAAAAUCCACAUUACAAAGGAGAACACACUGCUGCUUCUGGGAGUCCCUAGCACCUCCCUGGCCUUGCCACCUGGGCACUCGCCAUCUCAGGCACUGGCGUUUGAAGGCAGGACGCAGAGACUGGAGUCCUGGCUAAUGAAGGCUAAGUAACGUGACCCAGCUCUGGGCUUCUGGUUGGCUGUACAGGCCAGGUGAGCCUCUCAUCAGCUUCUCAGACUGUUGACUAUUUUCCAUUGAUCCUGACGAGAUACCAACAGCACCCCCCCUCCUUUAUUCAUUUCCGGUCUUGGGCCCUGGAAGCACCGUGGCCUCGCCCUAGCAUUUGUUGUUCUGAAGGUUGGGCUCCUUCCUUAAUCUGGAGCCAGGAGGACUGCUCUUCCUGAUUCCUUCUGCCUGUGGCUGCCUGCAUCCCCCGCCCGUAGCCUUCCCCUGAGUCUCUCGCUCACCACCGCAGCUAGACUAGAGAAGAGCCAUUGUGAUGAGUUACAUGCCCUUGGUCCCCAGUUGUAGCAAAGAAGGGAGGUGAUGAACUCAUCAGCUUUCUCCUCUGAUUUUCCUCACUGUCCAUCCUAAACACACACAGACUCGCACACUCACACACUCACAUGCUUGCACACAGAUUUAAACUAUCUUCUAGAGGAUAAAGGAAAAAGGUUGGAGAUGGGUUUUACUUGGUUUGCAGAAAUGCUUUCUUUGGGAUUUUCCUCCCCGUUAGAGCCUUUGAGUCUAGGUAAAGUGAAAGUUCACAUUUGUGUUUGUUUUGUUUCUCUGGAAUUAGCUACUAGUUUUCAUCCCUAGGCUCCAGUGUCUUGUCCAUAUGUCCUGAGCCUGUGUCCUUGAAUUCCCAUUUUGCUUUGGGAUUUAAGUUAUUGUAAUUUGUCAACAAUAUUUAAAAAUAGAAAAGUCCUGAAGGAAACUUACCAGGUUCUUUUCUUUGGCUUUUUUUUUUUUUUCAAGGUACUGUAAAUUGUUAACUAGGGAUGCCAAGCAGGCUUGGUUCAAUGGCUAAACCUCUUAUCGUAUUACAGUGUAAUGCUGAUUCAGCCUGGUCCCACCACCAGAGCACACACAGACUUGAAUAAAACUGUUACAA